UGGGCGUGUAUUCUAACGUAAAAACCGAUGGUAAACACACAGAAGUAACGAGCCUGUAUCCGCGUUGGAUCCUUUGACAGAUUCUGUCCCGGAUAUCUUCACUGUCUACACACACCUUGGUCGUUCCAGAGAAGCAGUGCCGCAAUGCCUGGCAGACCUUUGUGGCCUUUAGGGGAAAUGGAACAGCUGCGUGUGAACCAGGACUUAUCACCCAGUGUCCCCACUAAUGUGUUUGUGACUCAAUGAGAGCAAACAACAAUCAGGGUGUGUGAAAAGCAUUCAUAGAAAAGUGGAGCAGCAGCACGCUAUUAUCUGUGGCUUUGCAACGACAUGUUCAACACACAGUUCAACGGCAUCCUGAAUGGUCAGUGAGUUACGCAGAGAUGCUGCUGGAGGAAGGGGCACGGAGCUGUCUGCUGCGCUUUCGCCACAGACUGGAAGAAGACAUCAAGCCCUCGUACCUGAUGGACCACAUGAUCAGUGAUGGUGUGAUCAAUGGAGAUGAGGAGGAGAGGAUCAGGACUCAGCCCACCAGAAAGGAUCAGGCUGCGGCUCUGCUGGAGCUGCUGCUGAGGAAGGACAACUGGGCCUACAUCUCCUUCUACAACGCCCUGGUUAAGGAGGCAUAUGAUGAUUUGGCGAACAUGCUUCAUGAUGACCUUCCACAAGUCUCUCAAAAGGCACACAAGAGCUCCUCUGAUGGUUGCCCAUCUAAUGCAGUCCAGGCGGUGCUGAGUGAAGGUGGUGUGCCACAGAGGCCUGUGGUGUUUGUCAGCCGACCGGAGCUUUUGAACCGGGUCAGAGAGAAACUCUACCGGCUGAAGAAUGAGCCUGGCUGGGUCACCAUCUUCGGGAUGGCUGGGUCAGGCAAAUCUGUACUGGCCGCAGAGGCUGUGAGACACCAAGGUGUCAUUGAAGAGUGCUUCCCUGGAGGCGUCCACUGGUUGUCUGUUGGCCAGCUGGAAAAACCAGACCUGCUGGUGAAGAUCCAGUCUCUGUGUUUCCGCCUGGAGCAGAACAUGGACACCCAGUCUCUCCAGCGCACCCUCAACUCGCUGGAUGAAGCCAAGGAGUGCCUGCGCUUCCUCAUGCUGCGCCGAUACCCCAGAUCUCUGUUGAUUCUCGAUGAUAUCUGGGACAGCUCGGUGCUGAAGGUGUUUGAUAUCCACUGUCGGAUUCUUCUGACCACCAGAAACAGAAGCCUCACUAAUUCAGUUAGCGGUGCUAAAUAUGAGGUGGAAGUGGAGAGCGGACUGGAUGAAAACAAAGGAUUGGAGAUACUCGCGCUCUACACUCAAACCAACGCCCUACGACUGCCCGAGGAGGCUCGCAGCAUCGUCCGAGAAUGUAAAGGCUCCCCACUGGUGGUGUCCUUGAUCGGGGCCCUGCUCAAGGAGAAACCCGACCGCUGGCGUUACUACCUCUGCCAGCUGCAGCAGAAGCAGUUCAAGCGUAUACGGAAGUCCUCAUCUUAUGACUACGAUGCCCUGGACCAGGCCAUGGCUGCGAGCAUCGAGGUCCUGCCUGACGAACAUCGAGAGCUCUACAAGGACCUCGCUGUGAUUGAGAAGGACGUGAAAAUCCCAGCGAAGGUGUUGUCUGUUCUGUGGAACCUGGAGCCCGAGGAGGUGGAGGACAUUCUCGAGGAGUUUGUCAACAAGUCCCUGCUUUUUGUGGACGCUAACAAUAAACCCUGCCUGUAUUACCUCCACGAUCUUCAGCUGGACUUCCUGGUGGAGCAGAACCGUACCCAGCUGGAGAGUCUUCACGCUAAAGUGGUGCGUCAGUAUCAGGAGCACUACAGAGACGGUCCUCCCAUCUUCAGAGACGAGGAGUGUCUCUAUUGGAUCAGAUUUCUGACCUACCACAUGGCUAAAGCCAACCUUAUCCAGGAGCUCUACUCCCUCAUGUUUUCUCUGGACUGGGUCAGCAUUAAGGCCCAGAUAUUGGGUCCAGCUCACCUCAUCAAUGACUACGUGGAGUACGGACCAAUUCUGGACAAAGAGAACAGCGAGGUGCGCAGUCAGUUCCAGGAGUUCCUGUCUCUGAACGGCCACCACCUGGAGCAGCGUCCUUUCCCCGACGUGGUGCAGCUCGCUCUGUCCCAGCCUCACGACACCGAGGUCUACAAACAGGCUCUGCUGCAGGCGCAGGAGCGGACCAGCACGGGGAAACUCUACUUCGACUGGCUGAAUAAGAGCAGUGUGGAGAGUCUCUCCCGUCUGGUGAUCCACCCCCACCAGGGCUCCAUCUACUCUGCCUGCUUCUCCCAUGAUGGAGCCAAGAUCGCCACCUGUGGAGCCAGCAAGACACUGAAGGUGUUUAAAAGCACCACAGGCGAGAAGCUCACAGAGAUCCUGGCCCACGAUGAUGAGGUGCUCUGCUGCGCCUUCUCCCCGGACGACCGUCUUCUAGCAACCUGCUCUAGUGACAGGAAGGUUAAGGUUUGGAAUGUGGAGCGAGCCAUGCUGCUGCGGGUCUUUGAGGAGGAGCACCAGGAGCAGGUCAACCACUGUCAGUUCACUAACACCAAGCGACAGGUCCUACUGGCCACCUGCUCCGACGACAAGUUCUUGAAUGUCAAGGUGUGGAACCUCAACAGACCGUCCUCUCAGAACACCAUGUUUGGUCACUUGGACUCCGUCAACCACUGUUGCUUCUCUCCUAAUGACACCUAUCUGUCCACGUCUUCUAACGACGGCACAGUGAAGCUGUUUCAGAUGUCGUCCGCCAACGAGUGGAAGACGAUCGACGUGAGCAGCAUGUUCACAGAGAGCGACGAAGCCGUCCUGGUGAAGUGCAGCACCUGGACUGCGGACGGCAAGCGUAUCAUAUGUGCUGCCAGGAACGGCGUUUUGGUGUUCGAUGUGGAGACGUCAGGCAUGUUGUUGGAGAUCAAAACGAAUCGUAUGAGCACCGUGCAGUACUGUCACGCCUGUCCGACCAGCAGCCUGCUCGCCAUUGCGUUCUCAAACUACGCUGUGGAGCUGUGGGACCUGGAGUCCAAUAAAAAGAUGGCUGACUGCAGUGGGCACCUGAGUUGGGUCCAGCGUGUCCAGUUCUCUCACGACGGAUCCCAGUUGCUCUCGUGCUCCGAUGACCAGACUGUCCGGCUAUGGGAGACGAAGAAGGUGCACACCACCUCCGCCGUCUGCCUGAAGAGAGACUCCGACGUUCUCUUCUGUGAUGAGGAAAUCACCGUAUCGGCUGCCGACAACUGCAACAGGCUGCAGGUUCGUGACGGCAAGACGGGAUCAGUGCUUUUCCAGUCCGAGGAGCAGUCGUCCAGGAUCAGGUGCACCUGUAUGUGCAAGCAGCCCUCUGCUGUGGCUCUGGGACAAGAGGAUGGAACCGUACAGGUGUUGGCGGUGCCCUCAGGGAAGCUUCUGGCCACUCUGCUGGGACAUACGAAGACGGUGCUGCACUGCCAGUUCACCCAGAACGGCCGAACCCUGAUCACAUCCUCCGAGGACACCACCAUCAGGGUGUGGAGGUGGCAGUCUGGCGAGGGCAGAGUACUCCAGGGUCACAAAGAGCAGGUCAGGUGCUUCUCUCGGCUCAGCAGCUCAGCGGCCGACACAAGGCUCCUAUCCUGGUCCUACGACGGCACUGUCAAGGUGUGGGACAUAGAGAGUGGAGAGAAGCUGCAGGACAUCGACACUCAACAGGGAGCCAUUCUGUCCUGCCAUGUCUCACCAGACGGUUGCUUGUUCGCCACCACCUCUGCUGACAAGACGGCAAAGUUGUGGCGCUGUGAGUCCUGGCAGUGCCUCCACACGCUGAGCGGUCACCAGGACUGUGUUCGAAGCUGCAGAUUCUCCUGGGACAGCCGAUGCCUCGCGACUGGGGACGACAACGGAGAGAUUCGGCUGUGGAGCGUCAAAGAUGGCUCCUUGCUGAAGAUCUGUUCGCGGGACGGUAAAGAUGGCAUGGACUCUCUCCACGGCGGCUGGGUGACCUGCCUGCACUUCUCCCCAGACAACUCUCUCCUGGUCUCGACUGGCGGCUACAUCAAGUGGUGGGAUGUGGAGCGAGGCGAGGCCCUGCAGACCUUCUAUCCAGCCGGAAGCGCUUUGAAGAGGAUCCACGUGUCGUCCGACUUCUCCACCUUCGUCACCAUCGACAGCAUCGGCAUCCUCUACAUCCUCCAGAGGGUCAUGUGACGACGACAAUGCUGACGACAAAAGACUAACAAACCAAAACAGAGACACAAACCAACCAACCAAACAGAACACGCUGAGAAACAGUAGUUGUUAUCACACAGACGUGAAGUGUUCAUUCUUCUGGUUUCAUUCAGGAAGUGGAGAGGCGUUGUGCACCUUUACUUUAUAAACAGUGUGUGUCGUGUAGACGCACCAUGAAAGGUUUGACUAUUCCUGCUCCAGCCUUUCUGUUUUUACACAUUCAGACAAGAGAUGCACAGUUAAAGAUUUGGUGCCUAAACAAAAAAGACAAAUGUCUUAUACAGCAAAGAGAAGGUGCUUAAAAAAAAAGGGUGACACGUUUACAUCCACCAAAACCAGCGAACCUGUAAAUCACGUCUCAGAUCUUUGAAUCAUUCACAGCGAAUGAAGAGAUAAAUAUCAACCGAGUCAAGAUCAACUCAAAUGUGAAUAAAUGUUAAUCCAUAUCAGCAGCAGGGCUGAACGUCGCUGCAUGUGAUGAGUGGUGUCCUGCUCCACUGUUGUAAUUGAUACAAGCUAUCGUCUGCCGAGUCGUGCCGACCCACGCCAAGUGGUGAAGUGCAUUUGACUCGUCUCUGCUGUUAUGUUCUAGUGACUCUUAAUUUUUAUAUCAGUGUGUGAGGAUGUUUCUGCAUCGUUAGUGAAAAAAAAAUCUACUGAGCCUUUUAUUUCCACUGCAGCCUCGGCCUGCAGGAGAAAUCUGCAGCUACAACAGGAUGUGUAUGUUUUUUAUUUCCACGUCCACCAGCAGGGAUUGAACGUCUGCUGUUCUUUGAUGAGCAUUAAACUUUGAUGAGUGACGUUAAGUUUUAAUGAGCGCUCAUUUAAAAUUAAAUCCCCAGUCUUUUGAAAGGACUGUGAGUGUUUGUACAUCCUGAAUUUGUACUUUAAUUAAAGGUAAAUGUUUUCUAUAGAAGAAUCACACAGGGUGAUUUAUAAUUUAUCAAGUUUCUACUCGCUAAAGUUAAAAGGCAGUUUUUGUGCUUUGCUUGUAUUGUUUGAACCAGUUCUUUUAUUGUGUGUCUAAAAAACACUUUUUCACAUUUUUAUCUGCAUAUUUUCUAAGCCUCUUCGUGUUUCGAGCACUUUGACACAGGAGCAACAAUCUUUCUCUUGAGUGUUUGUAAAUUAUGGCUAUGCUCAGACAAUUGAAAAUAAAAUUCCUGUUCCCUUUGCUGCAAUCUGUGAAUCUCAGAGGACAAGAACAAGGUACAAAGUAAGGAUGAGUUUCUACAUGUUUAAACGAUGUAGUCGUCCUUUUCACAUCGUGCUCUUCCUCGUUGGUGCUUUUAAAGACGUCGUAAAUUCAAUCAGCAGAUUUCCUCCCGGCGUGGAGUUCUCUGUCAAACCUAGACGUUGAGAUAUUGACGUGUGCUCAGGAUGUAUCGAUGCUGUGAUACUUUGUGGUGCAAUGUGAGUGUAAUUUACAACAAAUUAAAUUACAUACACCAAUGA